UCCGUCAUCGACAACGACACCAUUACGUCAUUCCUUGUCAUCAUUCAUAACCUUAAUGAUGAUAUUGCUGUCAAUUUUUGGUUUAAAAUAAUUAUAAUAAUGCUAGGAAAAGUAAAAAAUUUAUGUAAUCCAAAUCAGAAUAUAUUAACAUGUGUCCGAAAUUUAACAGCAACCGAAGUUUCUACUGCAUUAAGGCCUUUCUAUUUCUCCGUUCAUCCAGAUUUAUUUGGAAAAUACCCACUUGAAAGGGCAAAAAAUGAGUCCUCUUUACAACAAUUAAGUUCAGUUUUGGCAAAUCUGCAAGCAUCACGUCCAAUAAGACCUAUGAAGCUGGAUUUUUAUAUUAAAGACAAGACACAAUCUCAAGUUUCCUUUCGGUUAAUCAACAUUCAUAUAAGUGAACGUGAUAUUCGUGCAGCAGUUGUAACAAUUCUUAAAAGUUGUGGAUUAUCAACAGACUAUGUAGAUAGUAUUAUUAAGCCCCCUACUGCAGCAACACCUGAAUUAGAUCAGUACAAAGUCAGAUAUAAAAAUGAUAUUGAUUUUACCAAAGUAAAUAAGAAUCAUCCUAUUUAUGCUCAUAUUGUCAUGCAAAGAAAAAUAAAAGAAGCCCAAGAUGCUUUAAUGUUAAGGAACUGGUUGAGAAAAAAUUUUAAACAUGCUAUAGAAAAAUCUAAACAAGGAGAAGCCUAUAGGGAAGAGAUUCAGCGACUGCGUGUGUCAAUUACGGAAUGUUUAGGUUUAAGGGAAAUCCGUUGGGAAUGUGGAUGGAAUGAUACACAUUUUAGAGGAUGUUUACUAAGUUUUAAGUCGUUAGUUGAACAACAUCCAGAAAUAAGGAAUAUAAUUCGAGAUAGGAUAUUGGUUUUUUCCUUUUUCACUGGAGUUAGUCUUGAUGGCCAUAUUAUGCUAUAUAGUGGAGAAGUUCGACAUAAUUGGUUAGAUUUUUUAAAAAAAUUAAGGAAGUAUGAUAUUGCUCUUACUAGGAUUCCUGCUUUUGAGAAGUCUUUGUCUCAUGUGUUGAGAAAUAUUAAAAUUGGGAGAAGGAAAUUUAUGCCUAAGGUUAUAGCAGGCACAUAUGAAGAGAAUUUGAGACAGGUAACUACUUCAUUAAGUGAUUUUCGGGGAAGAAAACCAUUUCCUAAGGAAUGGCCAGAAUCGUUAGCAGAUCAUGAAAUAGUCAUAGAAACUGAAGCAGGCCCUUUAAUGGUAUCGCCUACUGGACAAUUUAUUGUUCCUGCAACACUACCGGGUGACUUAUUGGUAAAUUUUAUAACGGCUAAUUUAGAAGAAGCAGGUAGAAAAAACAAGGAGUAUCAAAGCGACAAGUAUUUAGAACGCAAUUUGAUUAAGAAAUGUUUAACAGAAUUUCAACUAGCAGCAUUAAAGAAAGAGGACAAUGUAACUCCCGACUUAAUGAUAAAAUGUUGUAAAAAACUGUUAGAUAACAAGUUUGAGCUUGAAGAGUUUACAAAAGGUCUUCGCAUAAAUAUAACUACUUACUAUUCUGUAUUAUCAGACGGUAUAGUUUGUAUACCUUGGAAUUUUAAUCUGUGAUUAUGGUAAGGACAUUGAAAAAAAAUGUUAUAUAAAAUCUUUAGUCAAAUGUAGUAGGUUAAGUUUAUAAAGUUUGAUCUGAUUACAAUAAUUGUAACAAAUAACAAGUCGGUAAAUACAAGAUUCUAGUCAACUCAUAUGUUUAUUUUACAAACAUGAACAUUUAUGGAAUAUUUAUUAUCAGUCGAUAGAAAAAGAACUUCAACUGAGAUGAUCUUACUAUUUACCUCCAAUAAUGACAAAAGUAAUUUAACAUUUGACCAACUAAUACAUUCCUCAAAUUUACGUAUAUAUCUUUUUAAUUUGUACUUUAUAAAGUUAACAGCUAAAAAGAUAGAAAAAAUUAAAGAGGAGAAUGAUUAGAUAAUUAGCGAAUCAUAUAAGAAAGGGUAAUUAUUUUAUGUAGUGUAAAACUAUAAAAAAUGCAUAACAUUUUGCGUACCACCAAUGCAGUGUUGUAAAUAGUGAUGAGUGUUGGUAAAGUGUACAGAUUAGACUUGAAUAUUUUUUUUCUCGAAAACUAUGUUCGACUGCACAAAAACAUCUUCCAAUUUGUGUUCAGCACGCUCGAAAAUGGUGGAGAGAAAAAAGUUUCUGACGUUUUGGGAAUUUUAGGCUGUAGUAAAUAAUUACCAAAUAUCAUAACAAUUUCUGUAUUUUUAUUGUCCAUUAAAUAUUAUGUAA